AUGUUGCUGGGUUUAACUUCGGCCUCGAAUGAGCCAAGUCGCAAUGAAGAGAAUAAAUAUGGUAUGAAAUACAACUCUAGAAGAAUAUCCCUUCCAAGAUUUACGAGCAGUGAUAAUGGCUUUGAUGAAGAUAACACUGAUGAGAUAAACUAUGCUACAAAUAAGGAAAAUAUCCCUAAUGGUAACGUCGUACCGCCCGGUUUAAAGGAGAAUGAAGACCCUGAAGAAAUUUAUAGAAUAGUGUCGGGCGGUUCUAAAAAGGGUAAUGACGAACAAAUUGAACAGACCCCGAUAAAACCUCAAAGAAGUAGAAUGGCGAAUUUCAAUGAUUCACCAAGAAUUGUGGGAAAUUCUUGGUCGUUUUUUAAUAGGAAUGAGGACAAACAAGAAUUAAGAUACGACAAUGAAGACGAUGAAGACAAAGGCACAACUCCAUAUACAAGUCAGCAACAAAGCGAAGAUGACCGAUAUCCAAAUGAAGAUAUAGAAGCAGAAUUACCUUCGAGCGAUCUUGAAAGCCCUGGGCAGAUUAGCCCGCAGCAUGUUGAUGAAUCUUACAGAGAAGAUGAUACCAACCUAGCGGACGUUACUCAAGUAAGCAAUGAUCAACCAGAAUCUCCGCCACAACCAACUAGGGGUCAAUCAUUUUCGAAUUUUUUACCGGCAAAGUUUGGCGGUCGAUCAAAUCAAAAUACAGGUGCAAAGAGAAAGUUUCAAUUUUUUAGUCGGAAAAAUAAGAAUAAGGAUAGAGAAUCCAGAAGAGGUACGGCUAUAGCAGCGCCAGAUGAAGAGGAAGCUGAUCGCGCAACUGGGGAAAGAGCCCAGCUUUUAGUCGGAACUUUAAUAAUAGGUUCUCCUGCCAUUAAUUUACUUGCAUCCUGUCUCUUAGAAGAUGAAAAAGGUAUUUCGAGGUCACCAUUAUUGUUGACAUUAAUCGGGUUCAAAAUUACUGAUAUCUCGCUGACAAUUAAUACAAAGAACAGGAAAUUUAGAAUUGACUUGGAAUACGGAGUUGGACCUCAAAGAUUAAAAUGGUCAGUUGAGAGAAAUGCUAAAGAUUUAUUAUACUUACAUUCACGGUUUAAAUUCGACAGUUGGAAGAAAGAAGUGGUCCGCAGUAAGAAUUCUGAUUUGCCUAAGUAUCCAAUGCCUCCUCUCAGGACUCGUGGAAAUAAUGACCAAAAUCGUAAAAAAUCAGGACCCAGCCAAGUAAAUCCUGGAAGAAGUAACCAAACAAGCUUAGAUAUUAAUGAUGGAAUGGCAGGAGUAGACGGAAUGUUGGAAGCUCCCCAUAAUGAUAAUGCAUCCAUUGCUACGGGAAGAAGCUUCACCAAUCGCUUGAGAGCUCAUUUAAGUAAUAUUUCAUCUGUCUCAACUGAGUUACAGUCUCCAGAACAAUUGCGAACCAAAAUCAUGAAAAAUCAGGAUUAUAUAGACCAGGUGACUAAUUAUUUGAACGAGCUAAUUAAAUUGGUAGCAUUAAAACCUCAAUCGAAUAAAUUGUUUCAAUUCUUCGAGAUAUCGCCAAUAUCUUCCUUAUUGAGUUACGAAACGGGGUUCCUUGGUAAACAGGGUGUAAUUCAUAUUGGUGGUACUGCCAAAUCACAAGGUUGGAGGGUUGGCCAUUUUAAGGCCAAUGAUUUAAAGGGUAUGAUAGACAGGCGCUCUGAGAAAUGGCUCUUGGUUAGAGGCUCCUAUGUUAUGUAUGUUGCAGACAUUAAUGCAACGUCACCUUUGGAGGUAUUCUUAGUCGAUUGGAAAUUUAGAAUUCAUUACCAUGGAGAUGACGAUAAAUCGUUCCUACUGGCGAGAGAUGAUGAAGAAUCAGAUUAUGAUGAUUCCUCCUUGAUUCAAAACGUAUUAGGACAUUCAGAUGAGUCACAUUCAGAAGAUGCUCAUAAGAAUGUUUUUAAACAUUUGAAUAUCGUAUUGGAAAAUUCCGAGAGAAAAUUGGUUUUGAUCCCAAAAUCAUUUAAGGAGAAAAAGCUUUGGAUUAAAUCAUUGACAGAUAUGAAAGCAUCAACUAUAUGGUCAGAACCUCAUAGGUUCGGUUCUUUUGCACCAAUUCGGACAAACUGCUUUGCUCAAUGGUUUGUUGACGGAAGAGAUUAUUUCUGGGCAGUAUCCUCGGCAUUAGAAAUGGCCAAAGAUGUCAUUUUCAUCCAUGAUUGGUGGUUAUCUCCUGAAUUAUAUUUGCGUCGACCAGCUAAUGGAAACCAACAAUGGAGAAUUGAUAGAAUAUUACAAAGAAAGGCCCAACAAGGAGUUAAAAUUUUCGUGAUUGUGUACCGUAAUGUUGGAAGUACAGUAUCAACAGACUCAUUAUAUACAAAGCAUUCGCUUUUAUCUUUGAAUGAAGAUAAUAUUCAUGUAAUCAGAUCUCCAAACCAAUUACUUCAGAACACUUACUUUUGGGCUCAUCAUGAAAAAUUAUGCAUAAUAGAUCAAACAGUUGCAUUCUUAGGGGGAAUCGAUUUAUGUUAUGGUAGAUUUGAUACGCCAGAUCAUGUGUUGGUAGAUGAUUCAAAGAUGGAUUUCAAUUCCUUGGAUUCAGAAUUCUCUGUCACACCAGAAGAAUAUAUCAGAUUCCAAACAUUCCCCGGUAAAGAUUAUUCUAACCCUCGUGUUAAGGACUUUAUGGAGUUAGAUAAGCCAUAUGAAUCAAUGUAUAAUAGAAAUGAGGUACCAAGAAUGCCAUGGCAUGAUGUUCACAUGGUUACUUCUGGUAAGGUUGCCAGAGAUUUAUCUAGACAUUUUGUUCAAAGAUGGAACUACCUAAUUAGACAGAAACGACCAAGUAGAUAUACUCCACUACUUACUCCACCUCCUGAUUUUUCCGAUGAAGAAGCGACUGAAAUGGGGUUGGACGGAACUUGUGAAGUCCAAUUGUUGAGGUCUUCUGGUAAUUGGUCUUUAGGAUUAAAAGAACACGAGCAAAGUAUUCAGAAUGCAUACUUAAAAUUAAUCGAAACAUCGGAGCAUUUUGUUUACAUAGAAAAUCAAUUUUUUGUUACGUCAUGUGUUAUUGAUGGGAAUGAAAUUCAGAAUAGAAUCGGUGAUGCAUUGGUUGAUAGAAUUAUUAGAGCUCACAAUGAGGGCACUAAUUGGAGAGCUAUAAUAGUGAUUCCAUUAAUGCCUGGUUUCGAAUCACAGGUUGAUGAACCAGAUGGAUCUUCUGUUAGAGUUAUUAUGCAAUGUCAAUUUAUGUCUAUCUCGAGACAACCGACUUCGAUCUUUGCUAAAUUAAGAAAGUAUGGAAUCGAUCCUGAUGAUUACAUCCAAUUUUUUUCUCUAAGAAAAUGGGGUAUAAUUGGACCUGACAGAACUUUAGUUACAGAACAAUUAUAUAUUCACGCCAAGACUAUGAUUGUGGACGAUAGAGCUGCUAUAAUUGGCAGUGCUAAUAUAAAUGAAAGAUCCAUGAGAGGUUCUAGAGACUCAGAGGUUGCAGCAGUUGUUAGAGAUACGAAUACUGUUAAAAGUAGAAUGAAUGGAGAAGAGUACUUAGCGGGUAAAUUUGCAUACUCAUUAAGAAUGAGAUUAAUGAGAGAACAUCUUGGUGUGAGUGUUGAUAUUCUCGAUAUUGUUGAAAGACGGUUCAACAGGUUCGAAGAAUUUGCUCACACAUCCCAGGGCUUAAAAGCAAGAACCAGCAAGUUUAGACAUAAGGAGAAUACCAUUCUAUCUGCGAUGGUGGAACUUGCUUCUAGAGAUAUACUUGAUGAACCAAAUGGUACAUACAGAUGGCAAAACUACCAAAGAGUAAACGAAGUGGACGAUUCGAUUGAUCAAGUUCCACUUGAUGAUGUUGAAGAAGACGAAAAGGGUCAAAGCAUUCCAUCCCCAUUAUCGUUACCUAUAUCCUUUAGCAAUAGGACUGGUACGAAUGAAGCUAAUAAAGGAAUAAGGGAUAGCAAAAAACAUUCGUACGAUGCCAGAGUGCAACAUAACGAAAAUCAUAAAAAAGACGUUUUUGGUGAUGGUCCAGAUAAAUACAAGUCUAAAUUAGCUAAAAGAGCCAGGUUGAAUAGUGCACGGUUUUUAAGAGAGCUUGCAAGUAAGGCAAUGGAAGAAAAUCCCGUCGGAAUUUUCUUACCUGAUAGUGAUGUUGUUAAGGAAUUCUUAGAAUCAGACGAUUGUGAAAUGAUUGAUGAAAUGGAUGAAGAAUCAGAAAACAUUAUUUCAGAAAGAAACAGAGAAAGAUGGCAACUAUUGAAGAGGGUUUCAUAUUUGCAACGUGUUGCUGCAAGAACCAAAGAUCAGACUGAAGAUGAAUCAAGGAAGCGUGUUGCAGCAGGUAUGGAUCCAUUUAGCCAGGAUCCUUUAUCUCAAAACACCAAACAAGAUAACAGAACACCCGAACCAAUAGAUAAUAUUGACAACCCAAAUCAGAAAAUUGUUUCAUCUCUUGAUCCUAGUAAUUAUAAGUCAUCAGCUUCUACAAGCGAGAAAAAGUCUUUUGACCCUGCUCUAACACCGGCAGAUUAUUCGGAUGACAUACCUAUUGUUUCAUUAGACGAGGAAGGAGUCCGCCAAACAGUACAAACCGUAAAUUCUAAAGGAAUAGAAAAUUUCAGUACAUUUGUUGAUCCGUAUGGGUUUGAAGAUCCAUUAGAUGAGGACUUUUAUGAAGAUAUGUGGUAUGAGCAUGCCAGAAGAAAUACUGAGCUUUUCAGAAUGAUAUUUCAUACUCAGCCUGAUGAUGCAGUUUCAUCAUGGAAAGAGUAUAAGAAUCACUCAAAGUUGCAACGUGCAUUUUUGCUUUCACAACAACAUGAAGCUAAGUCAAGAAAGCAGAAUAAAUACUUCAAUGGUGGGCAGGAUGAUAUGAGUUUCCUGGACAGUGAAACUGAUAACAAUACAGAAUACCGUAAACCUGAUAUGAAUAAGAGAAAUAGCCAAGCCACCAUUAAUGUUAAGAAAUUAGAAGACGUUGGUCUUUUAGGAGAAGUCCCACUGUCUUCAAGUAGCAGUUCAUCAUUAUCAGACUCAAACAUGCGUAGGGAAUCACGAUCGAGGUUUAAACGCAACAAUGCUAAAGACAAUACAAUUCCUGAACUAGAUGAAAAUGAAAGUGACACCUUUGAAGAUGCGGAAGAACAUAUGGAAUAUGACGAAGAAUCAGAUUCGAGAAGUCCCGAGUCUGAAAAUAACCAAAAAUCCUCUGCACAGAAUGGAUCAAUUCCCCAACUAAAUGUCAACGGCGAGGCUUAUAAGCAAAGCGAUGUUGAUAAGUCUCCAGCUCCAAAGAAAACAAGAAGAAGAAGGAAAACAUUCAGUUCUAGAAGAAAGGCUAUAUUAGGUGAAAGAAUAUUCGAAAGAGAAACUGCCGAAAGAUUAUUAAGGGAAAUACAAGGCCAUUUGGUCAUUUUCCCAGCAGAUUGGUUGAUGAGGGAAUUAGAAGGUGGAAAUUGGUUUUAUAAUACUGAUAGGAUUCCUCCAAUCGAUAUUUACGAUUAA